AUGGGCGUACCUGGCUUCUACCGAUGGGCGGUGCGCAGAGUGCCUCACUUGCGAGCGAAAACCUCGGGACCCCCUUACGAGUUUGACAACUUGUACUUGGACUUCAACGGUGUUGUCCACACCUGCGUGAACGACUGGACGCUCCAGGAGCAGGAAGAAUAUCUCUUUCAACUCAUCGAGGCGCAGCUGGCUGUGCUGCUGUCCUUGGUGACGCCAAAGGUGCUGCUUUACAUCGCGCUGGAUGGAGUAGCUCCUAGGGCGAAGAUGAACCAGCAGCGAUCUAGGCGUUUUCGAAAAGCCCAAGAGACAGAGGCGGAUGGCAUUGACGCGGUCAUUGAUGUUUUUGAUCGAAAUGCCAUCACGCCUGGGACUCCUUUCAUGCAGCGCUUGUCGGAUCGGCUCCGAAGCUGGGCCGCUACCCAGGCUGCGGCGCCAGACCUACAAGGACUAAGCAUUGUCAUCUCUUGCGACCGAGAUCCAGGCGAAGGCGAGCACAAAAUCAUGGAUGUGAUCCGCCACCAUCCUGAGCACACUCAUUGUCUCUGCAGUAAUGAUGCAGAUCUGGUGUUUCUCGGACUGGUGUGCGAGUCUGAGCAUGUCUACCUGCUGCGAACGAAGCCCAACUACGAAAAAAGGGUCCGUACGGACACUGGGCAGUCGCAGGCCCCGGAGACCCAAGCGGCGGUGGACUCAGACGGCGCGGCACCAGUGCCUGAGCCAGCAGCGACUGCGGGGCCCAUGGCUGAGGACUACGAAAUGCUAAGCAUUGUAGCCCUCCGCUCAUGGCUUUGCAGCCAAUUUCCAGAUUGCGCGCCGAAUCGAUUGCUUGCAGAUUUUGUGGCGAUGUGCUGUUUGGUGGGCAAUGACUUCCUGCCACACAUUGCAGCUGUAGAGAUCUACGAUGGUGGCUUGGACAAGCUCUUGGCGGCUUACUGCAAGCUCAAGACCGCCUCAAGCGGGUAUUUGACCACUGAAGAUCUGACGCUGAACUUACCCCGAUGGCGCGGCCUACUGGAGCAAGUUGCCCAGGAGGAGGCAGAAAUCCUGCUGGACAUGGUGGGCUUGGGCUGGGGUCCACAGCAGCUACCUUACCGCGGCCCUGGGCCGGUUGGACCAAACUGGGAUGGUGUCUCCGUGGUCGUCUCACCCGUGCCACGGAAGACAACUGCAGGGCAGCUCUCCGCAGCUAUGUCAAAGCAAGGCUGCACUGUCCAGAGCGUCCACCAGCUGAAGCAGUCACGAGGACCCGCUUCCUGGCUGGUGCGUUUCGCUGACCCAGCAUCUGCCGUCCGCACAUUGGUGUCAACUCGCCGAAUUGAGACACAGCGGCUGCAGGUGUCUUGGGCGCAGCUGAACCGAUUGCAGUUUGAAGAGACUCCACCAGAGCCAGCGGAGGCGUCGAACUGGCAGCAGGAGCUGCACAGGGCCGUUCGAGAGUCGUUCGAGUACUGGCUCGGACCGGAGAACCUGCCAAACGAUGCGUUCCUUCGGAGACAUGUGCGCCAACGGAGAGAUCGCUUCGUGCCCUUGCGGGUUUUCGUCAUGUUCCGACGCUUGCGCGUCUGGAUGCAAGACCAGGCGCAAUUGGCCGAGGUUCUCCGGUCCUCCGAUCAGUUGGAGGUUUGGGGCGAGGGGCGGCAUGCCUGGGUUCGGCACAAGGAGGACCAUAGCCGGCGUCCCCAUGAGUCACAUGAUCAGGUUGAGCGACAGAUGGCCUGCUUGGAGCUUCUUGCUGCUCGCCAAUGUGUAGAAGCUGUGCAGAUGCUGCGGCCAGAAUACUAUGCUCGCUACCCUGGACCCGUCGCCGCCGGUUCGCCUGCAGCCGAAGAUGUGGCAGCAGUCGAGCGUCAUCGAAGCGUAGCAUUUCUCAGCGGCAUCGAGUGGGUUCUGCACUACUACGUUCGGGGUUGUCGCUCCUGGUCUUGGUUCUAUCCGGCUCAUUAUCCACCUUUGUGUGCAGGCCUUGCGAUGGUGCAAGGCCCACUUCCAGUGCCGCCACUUGACGAGCCCGUGGCUCCUGAACUGCAGCUGCUGGCUGUAUUGCCGCCGCAGUCCUCACCGCUUCUGCCGCCAAGGCUGAGACCACUUCUGGAGGACACAAGCUCCCAGAUUGCGGACUUCUACCCUCGGGAGUUCGAGACGGACCUGAAGGAAGGCGACAAGGAGUGGCAGGCAAUCGUCCUGCUGCCCUUCGUGGAGGAGAAGCGCCUUCGCCAAGCUCUCUUCUCUGUCCUUCAGGAGUCCGACCUGUCCCAAUCGCAGCAAGCCAAAGCUUUCGUGGCGGAGGAUGCCAUCCUGCGUUCCUGGAGCUUCUCAGCCGAGAAGCCAUUGCCGGAAAGUAGGGCCAGUCGAGACCCGGACGGAGUCCCUGUGCAGUUUGCCGAGGCCGCUGCUGCAAUCCUCCUCCUUGCCACAGAAACAGCCCGCAAGGGCGGCAAGGGCAUGCCGGGAGGGAAAGGAAGGGGGAAGCGUGGGCAAAACGGCAAAGGGGCGGCUGUAAAGGACCUAAAGGAGGCACCAGGGCAUGGCGAGGAUGCUCUGGUUCCUGUAACAGACAAGAUGCCUGCUGCGAGCAACAGCGAAGCUACAAGCUUGUCGGCUGUGACAGCUUUGCUGUCGCGAAAUUGCUGUUCUGAGCGGCAGUGCAGCAUCGCAUGA